CAGAGGGCCCGCGGCCGGGCCGCCUGGGUGAGCGUGCCGAGGCGGCUGCGGCGCAGGCUUCCAGGUCAGGGUUUGGAAAGUAUGUGGAUUAUCCUGGGACAGAGAUCCUCUCUGGCCUUUCGUGGUGAAUAUCUGUCUGCCUUUCCCUUUCUCCCGAGGAUCCAGCAGCCCUGCUGAGAAAUAGCCUAGUGUGGCUUCCCAGGGAAGAACUUUCCAGGAGGACAGUGCCCCCACCAUGCCGUGGCCCCUGCUGCCACCCCUGCUGCUCUUCCUGACCGCAAAUGGGGCCCAGGCCACCUGGCCCUGCUUCCCGGGAUGCCAGUGUGAGGUGGAGACCUUCGGCCUCUUCGACAGCUUCAGCCUGACACGGGUGGAUUGCAGCGGCCUGGGCCCCCACAUCGUGCCCGUGCCCAUCCCUCUGGAUACAGCCCACCUGGACCUGUCUUCCAACCGGCUGGAGACGGUGAAUGAGUCCGUGCUGGCGGGCCCGGGCUACACCACGCUGGCCGGCCUGGAUCUCAGCCACAACCUGCUCACCAGCCUCUCACCCACAGCCUUCUCCCGCCUUCGCUACCUGGAGUCGCUCGACCUCAGCCACAACGGCCUGGCUGCCCUGCCUGCCGAGAGCUUCACCAGCUCGCCCCUGAGCGAUGUGAACCUGAGCCACAACCGUCUCCGCGAGGUCUCCGUGUCCACCUUCGCCACCCACAGCCAGGGCAGGGCGCUGCACGUGGACCUCUCCCACAACCUUCUCCACCGCCUUGUGCCCCACACUUCGCGGGCCAGCCUGCCCGCGCCCACCAUUCAGAGCCUGAACCUGGCCUGGAACCGGCUCCGCGCCGUGCCCGACCUCCGGGACUUGCCCCUGCGCUACCUGAGCCUGGACGGGAACCCGCUGGCAGCCAUCGGCCCAGGGGUCUUCGAGGGGCUGGCGGGCCUUACACACCUGUCGCUGGGCAGUCUGCAGGGUCUCCCCCAGCUGGCACCCUAUGGCUUCAGUGAGCUGCAGGGCCUGCAGGUCCUGGACUUGUCGAGCAACCCCAAGCUCAGGUGGGCAGGACCCGAAGUGUUCUCGGGCCUGGGCUCCCUGCAGGAGCUGGACCUGUCAGGCACGGGCCUGGUACCCCUGCCCGAGAAGCUGCUCCUCCACCUCCCAGCGCUGCAGAGCAUCAGCGUGGGCCAGGGCGUGCAGUGUCGGCGCCUGGUGCGCGAGGGCACCUACCCACGGCAGCCUGGGUCCACCCCCAAGGUGGCUCUGCACUGCGUAGAUACCCAGGAAUUAGCUGCCAGGGGCUCUGAUACCUUGUGACGAAUGGUGUGGCCUGGGGCCACGUAACAGACUGCGCCCUGGGCUUCCUCAGGUCCUGGGUAAUUUAUAUUUUAAUGUGCCAAUGCCAGCAGGGACUCCGCAGGCCUGUGAGGCAGCAUCAUUGAAAGAGAGGCUUUGGACCUGGGACCUACAUGCAGCAAAGUUUUGCCCCUUUGUCUGUGUUGCUCCCCAGACCAUAAGCCAAGGGUUUUCGAUGCCAAACCAGACAGCAGUCCCCUGCUGUCCUUCCCCACUUGUCCCCAAAGUGCCUUCCCUGAGGCCUGGACCGACCUGACCCAUGCCAGGAAGAGGGCGGGAGGGAGGUAGUGCUGCGGGGCAGAGGUCAGGUCCAGCCACUCGGGCAUGGUUUCUUUUAUGACAUAGCCCUCCUUUUGCUCUGAGCAUGUGAGGCCCACGUCAUCCUUUGUUCUUCCUCUGGAACUCUGGAUAGAACUUUAGUUACAGAAAGGACUGGAGAAAAAAGUCAAGUCCACCUCCUCAUGUGACAGAGGGGGAAACUGAGGUCUAGAGAAGAAGAAAUGCUAUUCUGAGGUCCUACAGUGCCAGAAGCAUUAAUGGACCUAAUGUCCUGCCUCCCAGCAGGGCCCCUUUGCACUUUUCUCUCUUCUCUAAAUCAUGCCCUCCCUCUUCCCUUUCUGGGCUCCCCCUUGCUUCCAAGACUCACAUCCUGCCAUUUUGCCCUUUCCCUGUCAUCCCCAGGAGGACAGGACAGGGCCUCCAGGGUGGCACUCUGGGCCCAGUAUCCAGCUGUGGCACAGCCUAAGUCAUUUUACCUCGGAGCCUCUGGAAGCUUCAGGGAUGCCAGUCCCAGCCUUGCCAGUUUCCCACGCUGGGAUGAGGUCCCCCAGCAUCAAGAAUGGCAAUGCACCCUAGAGUUACUGCCUCCAGAUGGUCCCGCAGGAGGAGAUGCAGUCCUGGAGCCCCACCAGGCCCUGAGCUCCUAGGGGCCUCCUGGAUUCAGCCCCUACUGGCACUAUGCCCAACAGCCCAGCUCAUCCUACUGAGAAUGCAGCGAAGGAGGCAGGGUCGCCCCCACCCAUGUUUAUGCUUCCCCACCAGGGUGGCAUCUCAGCUCCCCAGCCCUGGGCUUUUUCCUUAGUAUUGGUUUUAUCAAAGUUGUUGCCUUUUUAAUGGACUGUCACUUUCAACCCCCCCCCCCCCCCCCAGGUCCCUGCUGGCAGGGGAUGGAAACAUCAUUUGUAAAGGAAGAAA